AUGCAUAUCUACUCACAUGAGUAUUAUGUGAAGAAAGUCAAGAUCGAUGCGGACAAAGCUAUUCAUGAGGACAAAAUUACUCACCAUGGCCCUAAGUUGAACAAGCGCCUUGCUAUAACUCAAGAAAAGUUCGAGGCAGAAAGUGACGAGGUGAAGGAAGAGGUUGAGAGGAAGUAUAGAAAGGCAAAAGCAAAGUUCACUAGAGCUCGUGAGCGCUUGAAGGAUGGUAAGAUGCCGAAGGUUGAUACAAAUACGAAAGUCAAGGCCAUCCGGGAACUAGGUCCAAUGCUGGACCGUGUGUUCCAUUACCUGUCUCACACAACCAGUGGCUGGAAGUUUUCGGUCCUCAUGGCCGGGCCUGACCCCACAAAGGGUGGAACAGUGGUAUAUGACUAUCACAUAGGCGAACUCAGGAACAGUGCUCAAUUCAACACAUUUUGUGACAAGUUCGAUGGCAUCCAGCAAGCAUUCUUGGAAUUUACUAAUAGCGCGCUUGCAUUUGAAGCUACUCUCCCUCAAGAUGACGAUGACGAUGACGACUCAGAGAGCGACAACAACACCGAUAACGAGAUGAACAACAUUCCAACCAAUUCAGUGGAGGACACAGCUGAAGCUGGCAGCAGUGGUGGUGUUGGUGUUGGGGCCUCAAACUUCAACUUUCACAUGGACGAUCUAUACAGGAUCUCACCUGAUUUGUUCAACAAUGAGUCACAAGAGCUUUCUGCAUUAGCCGAUAAUGCACGCCUGGGUCUCUUGUCACAUGAGCCGCAGUCUAUGUUACCCGAUGCAUUAGCUGAUAAUGCACGCCUCAGUUUCUUGUUACAUGAGCAGCAGUCCACGUUACCCAACCAAUACUCCAACCUCAAUUUCGACUUGGACCCCAAUGUACUAGCUUUAAUGGCUGGCGGUGAUGCUCAGAUUCAGUUGCCUCCCCUGGGCCCUUUCACCCCAGGAUCUUCAAUCACUGCUGACGGCCUUGAUGAUGAUGCCCAGAUCCAAGCGCAUCACUCAAAUCCAUUCACCCCGAGCUCUUCAAUCUCCGAGCUGCCACUUGUAUUACCUCCUCCACCAACUCCCCCGCAAACACCGCAAGUUUGUCUGCCUCCGGCUCCCAUCGAGCCCAUCCAAGACACGGAUCUAGAUGUACCUGUGCCUUCUUCCCCUGCUAACCAGCGUCGACGUGCAAGGGCACCCGCAGCACAACAGCAGGUGCAGCUUCAAGAAGACGAACCUCAUCCACGCUGUGCACACAAUGUUGCCUUCAACAGGCAUGAGCUCGACAAUGCCAUUGACUCUAACUCCAGCGCCAAACAGAAACAAGGCCGUGGCAAUGAUCUAGACUUGAACAAGAGACCCAAGUGA